AUGAACUUGUGGGACCAGUGUAUAUUAUGUUUUUUUAACUUAUUAUUUGUAUCAGCAUCUUUAAAACAUCCGGAUGGGGCGUUUGGAGACAACGCUCGUAUUCGUCGACAGGCUGGGUAUGUUUACGAUCGUCCAUCUAUAUCUUUCAAUUUGCCUUCUCGAACUGUUUCGACGACUCAAGCCACAAAUGUUGACAGGAUAUCAGCGCAACAAAUGUAUUAUGCGUAUCCUGCACCUGCGGGCGGCGGCAACGUUAACAUCGGCUCAUCCAGUACGGGGUCUACGGCAACCUCCACUGCAACUUCUUCAGUCGGAUAUAGCUACGGCGGCGUUACACUCAAUACAGGAUCUGGAACAGGUGGAGGGAGUGCUGGUUACGGCGCUGCAGGCAGUACUGGUAAUGUAGGAUAUUCCAGUUCAGGAUCAACUGGUGCGUCAGGAUCUUCGGCCUCAUCAGGUUCAGGAUAUAACUACAGCGGUGUUCAAGGAACGACUACUGGUACAACUGGCUCUUCCUCUGGAACUUCAGGAGAUACAGGCUACAAUUAUAGCGGACAAAAUACAGGAUCAUCUGGGACGUCUGGUUAUAGUUAUAGUGGUGUACAGAGUACUGUUACAGGAUCCAGUGGUACGUCGUCAGAGACUGGUGCAGCAGGCUAUAAUUAUAGUGGUGUACAAAAAACAGACGUGGAGUCAACUGGUUCAUCGUCAGGGACGUCACAAUCUACUGGGUACAAUUAUAGCGGUAGACAAAAUACUGCUACGGGAUCGACAGGUACAGCAUCAGGAACAUCAGCAACAACCGGAUACAACUACAGUGGGGUGUCAAAUAACGCAGGAUCAUCUGGAGGUAGAAAAUCCACAAAUUCUGCAGAUUCUGGUGGUUACAAUUAUAAUGUACAAAAUACAGGAACUACAGGGACGCAAACUGUUACUACUUCAGUAUCUAGCGGCUAUAUCCCACCAUCAACUUCAAACACUGUGCGCGAUGUUUCAACCAAUGCUCCAGAGUACUUACCACCUGUUAGCAUUGGUGGUAAUGCAGGUAUUAGUGUGUCCACUAAUACUCAAAGUGAAUCCGGAUCAGCAGUAGCAGUACCAGAGGACACGUAUUUGCCACCAGCCUCUGUAACUACCAACACUGUAGGACAACGUCCAUCUAUCACUGAGACACAAACCUCAGUCGCACCUGCACCUGCUCCUCGUUAUUUAGCACCUAAUUCAGUAUCCCAGACAGCUGUCCAGAAUACUCAAACUGUAACAUCAUCCAGGCCAAUUUCUGGAUACUUAGCUCCUAAUACUCAAACAACUAAUGUCCAGAAUAACCAACAACAGAGAACGGUGACUUCAUCGAGACCAACAACGACUUAUUUAGCACCUGCAUCUCAGAUUACAAACGUUCAGAACACUCAAGCGCAAAGAACAAUCACCUCAUCAAGACCAAGUUCUACUUACUUAGCGCCUAAUCAAGUAAAUAAUGUUCAGAACAAUCAAGGCCAGGUAUCGGUAACAUUAAAUAAACCAGUGCAAGAUUACCUGCCUCCCAGUAUGACUUCCAACACGGUCAGCCAAGGAACGGUAUCUAGACCAGCAUCGUCAUAUUUACCGCCGGUUUUUAAA